AUGUCUUCGAUAUUUCGCUUCUGGACCUGUUGUAUCGCGGAAUGUUCUGCUGCUGCUGCAAUCGACAUUGGUGUUUGCGAACGUUGUCAUCAACAUUUUUGUGCCGACCACGCUGUAUCCCCAAUGCAUGGGUGCGAGAUUGUUCCUCUGGACGAUGAUUCAUGGAACUCUGCGCGAGUGCAAGAACUGAAAGACCUCCGAGCGAGGGUCAAUGACAGGAAUCUCCUGCGUCGAGCCUCGCAGCAUAAUGGAGGCCUCCCAUGUGAGCUGGACCCUUCAGAUCACCUUGGGGAGGACCGUAUGGGUGGUAUGCAUGUCCAUCUGCGAAUAAUCUUUUCAAAUGGCACAACUUGGCUUGCACGCUUACUCCGACACAAUUACACUUCGUUUCCGGACGACUUCAGCAACCGCUGCUUAGAGUGUGAAUGUGCGACAUUGACAUGGCUUGAGAGUAUAGAUGUCCCUGCGCCCCGCCUUCAUGACUAUGGUCUACGCAAUGACCCGAACAAUGAGGUUGGCGUUGCAUAUAUGCUUGUCGACGAACUCCCUGGAACCCCUUUUCUAACUUUGAAGCCAUCGGAAGAGCAGUCACGCAAAGUGUACGAGAGGUAUGCAGAUAUCCUAAGUGUGAUCCACAAGCAUCCUUUUCAGCAGAUCAGCGCUUUAUCCUUUCAAUUGGAUGGGAGUCUCAGCGUCGGACCCAUUGUGGGCGAUCGAACAGGGACAUUUUCGCAGAUGGGCCCUUUUGACUCAGCGCGGGAAUACUAUACGACAUGGGCCGAGAAGUAUCAUGACCUCAUCUGUGACAGGCAGCUAUUCGCCCCAUACUCUGUCAAUGCCUACCUCAUCUUCAGAUACCUCAAGGAACUGGCAGAACGAGGCAGGUGGAAUGCAUUCGAAUCUACUCUUGACAAUGGUCCGUUCUUCUUGAAACACAUGGAUGACAAGGGUGAUCACAUCCUGGUGGAUGAGGAGUAUAACAUUACCGGUAUCAUCGAUUGGACGUUCGCCAGGGUGGUACCUAGCCUUGAAGCAUUUGGUCCCUCUCUCUUGACCGCAGAGAUGGGCGACAUCUACAAAGGCAAACUUGGGCAAUUCCAAGGUGACAAGCUCCUGCUUGAGUCUUUUAAAACCACGAGUCCAUCUUUAACACGCUUUGCCGACGGCCCUGACCUUGUUCGUCGCUUUUCCUUUGGCCUUGGAAUGGGCAUGAACAUUUCAUGGAGCGAGGCGCAUGACAUGUUCAAAGGCAUUCUUUCCACCGCCACUGGUAUUAAUUUGAACAUGGACUGGGAAGCAUGGCGUCGGAAUCGCCUUUCCCAAUGGAUCGAUGAUGCUCGGUUGCAAGACCUUCUGGACAAGACCGGAGAGUGCCAGGGUGACAGUACGGCGGUGAAAGAAGUUGGAAAUACACAGCCUUCUCGAUGGACAACAUGUUCGAUGCGCGACUGUGAUAGACCCGGUGUCCGUCAACGGAGCUGUGCAAAAUGCCACAGACAUCUCUGUGCCAAGCACCAGUCGAAAGAAUACCACAAAUGUCCAUCAUCAUCCGAGCUGGAUGAUGAAGCCUGGGAAGAGUCAAUUGACGACGAAAUAUCGGAGUUGCUGUGCCAUAUCAACACAUACGAGCUUGCCAGGAUUGGGAGUCAACUCCACAAUGGACUCACGUGCAAGUUCGAAGUCGGCGGUAAAGCCAUGAUGGGCUGGGCCAACUACCACGGAUGGCUCGUCUUUGAAAAUGGCGAGAGAUGGAUUGUCCGAGUCCCUCAAACAGGCUUCAGUGAUUUUCCACUUGAGCUAGAGGAAUAUCUCGUGGCAAGUGAAUAUGCAACACUCAGGUUCCUUGAGCAGACGAAGAUCCCAUCUCCGAAACGGUAUGCCUACGGACUCGCAUCUGAUCCAUCGAACCGUGUUAGUGUGAGUUACAUCCUGAUGCAAGCCAUGCCCGGGAGCCCUUUUUAUGCGUCCCACGCGUCAGACGCACAGAAACAGAGAGUUUUUGAACAGCUCGCCGACAUCAUGAUCGAGAUUCGUAAAUAUCCGGUGCAGCUAGCAGGUUCAUUCGUCAUGCAGGACGGACAUACGAAGCUGUCUUCCAUAGCAAGCAACCGCUUCGCCGUGCUCGACACCUACGGCCCUUUCGAGACGUCCUUGGACUACACCAACAGCAUCACAGAGCAAUAUCUUGAUCUAACCUCCGACGGACAAAUUCACCACACGUAUCCGCUGGAAGCAUUCCUCUUCUAUCGAUUUCUCCAUGACAAUGCCACCAAAAUAGCGGCCUCAGACAUUGCCGGAAAAUUCUUCCUGAAACACGUCGACGACAAGGGUGACCACCUCCUCGUCGACGAGGACUUCAACAUUACCGGUAUCAUUGAUUGGCAGUUUGCCCGCACAGUGCCUGCAGCAGAGGCUUUUGGCCCAUCCUACGUGACUGCGGAGCUUGAAGCACUCUAUUCCGAGAACACGGGCGUAACCGACGAUGAUCUAUUUCUUGCCAAUGCUCUGAGAGAUCGAGGUUCUGAUGAGCUGGCCUCGCGCAGCUGA